GCUCUUUAUUCCCCUAUAUAAAGCAACGUGCUCUUAUGCUCUUAUUCACUGCAAACACCCUGAUCUCUGCUCAUUUUUUCUUCAAUUUAAAAAAAUAAUUUGAGUUUCAAAAUUGUAGGACAUGGGUAAUGCAGACAUCAUAGAUCAACAGGAGACACCGAGGUGUUUUGCAGCUGUAGCAAUACCAGCACCGCAGCCAUUUUUCGAGUCGCUGAAAAAUGAUCUCAAGGAAACUUUUCUUCCUGAUGACCCUCUACGCCAAUUUAAGAAUCAACCACAGCCUCGAAAACUUGCACUAGGACUACAAUACGUUUUUCCUAUUCUGGAAUGGGCUCCUCGUUACUCUUUAAAUUUCUUUAAGGCUGAUCUAAUUGCAGGAAUCACUAUUGCUAGCCUAGCAAUUCCUCAGGGAAUUAGCUAUGCAAAACUAGCCAACUUGCCACCCAUAAGUGGCUUGUACUCAAGUUUUGUGCCUCCCCUGAUUUACGCGGUGAUGGGAAGUUCAAGAGAUUUGGCAGUUGGAACAAUAGCCGUGGCAUCGCUUAUGACAGCUUCUAUGUUGGGAAAGGAAGUUAAUGCCACUGAGAAUCCUACUCUUUAUCUCCACCUUGCUUUUACAGCAACUUUCUUUGCAGGCGUGUUUCAGGCGUCUCUAGGAAUUUUAAGGUUAGGAUUCAUAGUGGAUUAUCUAUCGCAUGCAACAAUAGUUGGAUUCAUGGGAGGAGCAGCUACAGUUGUGAGCUUGCAGCAACUUAAGGGCAUUCUCGGCUUGAAACAUUUCACUCAGUCCACUGAUCUUGUGUCUGUCAUGCGUUCGAUCUUCAGCCAAAUGCAACAGUGGAGAUGGGAAAGUGCAGUACUAGGUGGAAUUUUUCUGUUUUAUCUCCUUGUUGCUAGAUACUGUAGCAAGAAACGAGCAAAGCUAUUUUGGAUGUCUGCAGUGGCUCCUUUGAUGUCAGUUAUCAUCGGAAGUCUUCUUGUAUACUUCACCCAUGCUGAGAAACAUGGCAUACAAGUGAUAGGAAAGCUGAAGGAAGGACUGAACCCCCUAUCAGCAAUGGAUCUUGCAUUCCGGUCUGAAUAUCUGCCAACAGCCAUCAAAACUGGGAUAAUCACCGGUGUUGUUGCUCUUGCUGAAGGCAUUGCAGUUGGAAGAAGCUUUUCCAUGUUUAGCAAUUACCACAUUGAUGGUAACAAAGAGAUGAUUGCUUAUGGCAUAAUGAAUAUUGCCGGUUCCUGCACUUCUUGCUACAUCACAACUGGGCCAUUUUCGCGAACAGCUGUCAACUUCAAUGCAGGAUGCAAGAGUGCAGUUUCAAACAUUGUUAUGGCAUUAGCAGUAAUGUUGACACUAUUGUUCCUAACACCACUCUUCCAUUACACCCCCAUUGUUGUUCUUUCGUCUAUUAUCGUCUCUGCAAUGCUAGGCCUCAUCGAGUAUUCUGCAGCUCUUCAUCUCUGGGACAUUGAUAAAUUCGACUUCCUAGUUUGCAUGACUGCAUACUUUGGUGUUGUUUUUUGUAGCAUUGAGAUUGGUUUAAUCCUCGCGGUUCUUUUGUCUGUUCUAAGGUUACUGUUGUUCAUGACUCGGCCAAGAACACUUGUCCUUGGAAACAUCCCAGAUUCCAAAAUUUACCGAAGCAUUGAUCAGUACCCAAAUACUGAUAAUGUUUCCGGAAUUCUCAUACUGAAAAUCGAUGCUCCCAUUUAUUUUGUUAAUUCUAGUUACUUAAGAGAAAGGAUCUUGAGGUGGAUUAAUGAGGAGGAAGACAAGCAAAAUUCUUCUGACAAAUCUAGGUUGAAAUAUGUUAUUCUCGACAUGGGUGGGAUUGCAGACAUUGACACAAGCGGCACUAGCAUGCUUGAAGAGGUCAAAUCUACGUUAGAUAGACGAGGGAUUAAGCUGGUGAUGGCUAAUCCAGGAGGGGAAGUGUUAAAGAAGCUGAACAACGCGAAGUUGAUGGCGAAAGUAGGGCAGGAGUGGUUCUUCUUAACUGUGGGAGAGGCUGUUGAGGCAUGCAACUUGAUGAUUCAUAACUCUGUUUCUCAUCAAUCAGAGUCAUGGAUCAACAAUGUGAUUGAUCUUGUAUAAUCAGAAAAAUUGAUCUUCAUUUGUAUAAGAAAAGAUCAAAUAAGUAAUUAAGUUUUGCUAACCAUGAUUAUGUGCAAGGAAGGAUUCGACCCACAUAUUUUGCUUAGUCACUUGAAUAUGGUAACAAAGUCUGGUUACACAUUGUAUUUGAAGCUGAAAAAGCUUUCUGUGCAAUCAAUCAUGUAAUGCAUCUCAAUGAUCUAUUGUGAGAAAAUGUUGAUCAAGCU